AUGGACACAAAUUUUAAAGUAGUCAUAUAAUUCUCGAAAACCAAACUCUCCUCAAUCCCAUUUUCAGCUAUCCAAUUGUGUGGGAACUGUGUACCGAGACGGUCAAGUGGCUUUUAGCAAAGACGGAUUCUCAGUCAUCUCGCCGAUUGGCAACAAGCUAUCAAUAUUUGAUCUCAAAAAGUUCGUAUUGAAUGUGUUCGUCUCCGUAAAAUGACCCUUUUUGCAGCAAUGUCUCGAGAACGGUGGAUGUUGGCUGUAAUUUUAGUAUCAAGUCGACGGCGAUCAGUCCGUCGGGCACGCAUAUGCUCGCCGCUGAUGAACGUAAGAAAACCACUCUGAAACCUGCUGAAAAUGCCGUGAAUUUCAGGCGGAGACGUCCAUUACAUCAAUCUGGUGACCGAAACGAAAAUAUUCACAUUCCGCAGUAACCGAACCAUCAAAUCACUGCAGUUUUCGCCGGACGGAAAGUAAAUAUUGUUUAUCUGCACCAUUUUUAUCAAAAUCCCGUUCAGAAAGAUCGCAGUUGGUCGUGAGCGAGAUCUGCAAAUCCAAGAGAUAGGUCGUAUCGAAGAGCAGGCGUUCCAUCCGUUUCAUCUCAUGAGAACGUACAAAUUGAGCAGUGAACAGUUGAAUUGUGUCGAUUGGUCGUUCGAUUCGAAGUAACACAUUUUCAAAAUCCCAUUUUUCCAUCAAAUUUUUCAUUUAUUCAGUCUGAUCGUAGCCGGCGGAGAUGACAGAGUUCUCCGUAUCGUCGGAGCUCGUGACUUCAAAAAUCUCUUCAUUCAUCCGUUGGCUUCUCACAAAGGAACCAUCGUUCACUGUCAAUUCUUGAAAGAUUCCUAUGAUGUGAGCUUAUCAGCUGGUUUUGAAAUAUCUAACUAUGUUUUUCAGAUGAUUUCUGUCUGUAAACGUGGCCUCUGCAACGUGUGGACGUGUAAUCUUCGUCCCGGAGAACUUCAAGAAGGCGUGUGGAAAAAGGACGAAGAGCCGGAAGACAACGGUGAUGAACCGAUGGAAGUGGAGCCGGAAGAGGUCGAGAAGAUUUUCUUCGAGAAGAGUCACAAGUACUGGCUGACCGAAUCUUCGGGAUCUGGAAAGACUGUAGACGUGACUGCCGCCAAGUAUAACGUGGAGACGAAGAUUCUGGCGACCGCGUUCAACAACGGAGUCAUCGUUCUUCACGAGAUCCCCACUUUCGCACUGAUCCACAAUUUGCGCGUCUCUGAGAUGAAAAUUCAGACGGUCGCGUGGAAUUUGACUGGCGAAUGGCUAGCGAUCGGCUGCGGAAAGGGAUCCGCCGCUCAGUUGGUCGUUUGGGAGUGGCAAUCGGAGAGUUACGUGAUGAAGCAGCAGGCGCAUUCUCUACGGGUCACGUCCGCCGAAUACUCCCCCGACGGAGGACAAAUUGCGACUGGAGCGGAGGACGGAAAAGUGAAGAUCUGGAGCUGUCGCACCUCGUUCUGCACGGUCACUUUCGACGAGCACACUGCCGGAGUGACGGCCGUUAAGUGGACUCAGAGCGGCAGAGCCAUUCUGAGUGCUUCUCUCGAUGGAACUGUCAGGGCGCACGACCUGAAACGAUACAGAAAUUUCCGGACUUUGGUCUGUCCCGAGCCCACUCAGCUGGCUACUUUGGCUGUUGACAAGGCCGGAGACCUCGUGAUUGCCGGAGCCAAAGAAGUAUUCAACAUCUACGUUUGGUCGUUCGAAACUGGUCAUCUUCUGGACAUCCUCUCAGGCCAUGAAUCGGCAGUCUCUUCAAUCGAUAUUCAUGGAAACCUGCUCGUCAGUGGAUCAUGGGAUCGAACGAUCAAAGUGUGGACGAUCAUCGAUUCGAAGGCGGAAACGGUGGAAGUGUCGCACGAGGUGCUCGACGUGAAGUUCUCGCCUUCCGGAGAAGUGAUCGGAGUGCUCACUUCGGACGGAGUCAUCACUUUCUUCGAAUCGAAGGAAAUGCUCAAUUUGGGAUCGAUCGAUACCCGUUUGGAUGUGGAUCCGGCACGUGGCGAACGGGAUACCAUCACUCGACAGAACGCGGCGAAGAGCAAAUCAUUCACGAGGAUUCGAUUCUCUCCGGAUGGAAAUUUGAUUUUGGCGGGCGGAGAAUCUAACAAUUUCUGUUUGUAUUCGGUGCCAGAGCGAAUGAUUCUCAAAAAAUUCCGAAUUACUGAGAAUCGCAGUCUCGACGGCGUCGUUCUGGAUAUCAAUCGGAGAAAUAUCACAGAAUUCGGAAACAUGAACUUGAUCGACACUUCCGAUGAGGAGGAUGAGCCCGACAACAAGAUGGCCAUCAAACUGCCGGGAACGAAGAACUUCGAUCUGGGAGAAAGGAGGGCGAAACUGGAAGUGAAUGUCUACGAAGUGACGUACUGUCCAACGGGAAGACGGUUCGCGGUCGCAUCAACGGAAGGCGUCGCCAUCUACUCCCUCGACACCGUUUCUCUCUUCGACCCAUUCCAACUCGACAGUCAGACCAGCCCGGAAGUGAUCAGAAGAGCACUCUCCAUGAACGACUUCACCACUGCUCUCAUGGCUUCUCUGCGGCUCAACGACGGAAAAUUCAUCACGGACUGCAUGGAAUCCACGAGCAUUUCUCAAAGUAAACUCCCGUAAAUCUUCAUUGUCUCUCUCAACUAUCCCCUUGUUCAGUUCCCCUCGUUGCUCGAUCUCUUCCGCUUUUGUACGCUGAACGCCUUCUGAAGUGGAUGUCCGAAGGAAACGUGAUGUCAUCGACGAAGCACGUCCACUUUUACAUGCUGUGGCUCCGCGCAGUGCUCCAAGAGCACGGAAUGCACCUGAAGGGACACGCCGACGUGGCAACUCUCACCGGAAUUCAGCAGAUCAUCACCCAUCAUUCACAAUAUGUCACCAGAUUGUACGGUUCUUUAAAACUUCAAAUUUUUCUAAUCUUAACUGUUUAGAGCCAAUCAAAACAAGUUUUCACUCCAAUGGAUCCGCCAAAUCCGUAAGAAUCAGGCGGAAGAAAAGAAGGAAGAAGACGAGGAUUAUGGAUUCGAACGGGUGGACAUCAAAGACGAAGAAGAGGAUUCAGAUGAGAACGACGAGGAGGAGGAGGAGGACGAUUCUGAUGAGAUCCAGGUGGAUUCGGACUCGGAUAGCGAAGUUAUUGAAUAA